AUGACUUCUACUUCUUCUAGCGGUGAACUUUGCGCCUUCACUUCUAUUUUUACCAAUCCCGUCAAAAUCGCAAAAUUUUUUGCCAACUUUGCGAAUGGAGGUGAGCCAGUACGCAUAAAAUACUUCGACAACACUGAAUCACAGGUUUUAUUGAACUCCAAUGCCUUUUCCAAGUGCGAAACUGAAUUCAUUUCACACAAGCAUUUGAAAAUAAGCGAAUCCGACUACAACCAGCGUCGUGGUAAGUAUGUUGAUGCUCUUGGCUUUUUGAUGAAAGAAGUUGUUUUGAACAGAAACUCGUCCAUUAACUGCUCUCAAGAAGCUGAAUAUCGCGUAUAA